CAAAACAUCCUCAGAAAACCUCUGCUCUUCUUCUCUCUCUCUCUCUCUCUCUCUCUCUCUCUCUCUCUCUCUUUGAUCACCAUGCCUGCCCAAGUAAUGCCUGAGAAAGCCCUUCAUGGAAUUCAUAUCAUGGGAUGGGAAACCAAUCCUCCCUCUCCUAGAAGAUUGGAGGGAAAAGUUGCUAUAGUCACAGGUGGGGCAAGAGGGAUUGGAGAAGCAACAGUGAGGCUGUUCGCGAGGCACGGUGCUAAGGUAGUAAUCGCCGAUGUGGAAGACACUCUCGGAGAACUUUUAUCGAACACUUUGGGCCAUUCGAUCACUUACGUCCACUGCGAUGUUAGCUUGGAAGAAGACAUGGAAAACCUGAUGCAAUCCACCAUUUCCCGAUAUGGGCAGCUCGAUAUUCUCUUCAACAAUGCCGGUGUUCUUGGAAACCAAUCCAAACGCAAAAGCAUUAUGGAUUUCGACAUCGACGAGUUCGAUCGUGUAAUGCGUGUGAACGUGCGAGGAGUCGCAUUGGGUAUCAAACACGCAGCGAGGGUUAUGAUUCCGAGAGGCUGUGGGUGUAUAAUAUCCACAGCGAGCGUUGCGGGUGUCAUGGGAGGGCUCGGACCACAUGCUUAUUCGGCUUCGAAGCACGCCAUUGUUGGGCUCACGAAGAACACGGCCUGCGAAUUGGGCCGUUAUGGGAUUAGAGUGAAUUGCAUUUCACCAUUUGGGGUUGCCACAUCUAUGCUUGUGAAUGCAUGGAGGUGUGGAGGUGAAGAAGAUGAAGAAGAGGAAUGUUUGAAUUUUGGGAUUCCAAGUGAGCAAGAAGUGGAGAAAAUGGAAGAGUUUGUGAGAGGGCUUGCAAACUUGAAAGGACCAACUUUGAGGGCUAAAGAUAUAGCUGAGGCUGCUCUUUAUCUUGCUAGUGAUGAAUCCAAGUAUGUUAGUGGUCAUAAUUUAGUAGUUGAUGGUGGGAUUACCACUUCAAGAAAUUGUGUGGGGUUGUAGAUUUUUAUUUUUUAUAAGUUUUGGUAAUUAUUGAAAAAAAAUAGAAAAAUCAUCUCCAAAAUUAAUGAUGGAAAUUGUGCAUUUUAUUAGGCUUGUAAGAGGUUAUCUUUUUUUUUUUUUUUUUCCCUUCCCCCCUCAAUCAUUGACUAGCAAUUUCAAUUGUAAAUUUUAUAAGCUAUCAAUUAAUUUUAGUCAUUCCUAUAACGGAAUGUGCUUUCUCAUUUGGAAAAACAAA